AUGGGAAGGUUUAUGAGUGUUUUUCUGCUCUCAAUUACUACAGCAUUGCUGCUGUUAGUAAUUAACGCUUCUGCUUCUACUUCUUCUUCGUCUUCCUCUGUUUCUUCUGAUAUUGAGCCGGAGAGAUAUCACUUUAAGACGCCAAACGGGUUCCUGAGGAAGAAGUUUCCAAAGGGAUUUAUCUAUGGAACUGCAACUUCAGCUUACCAAGUUGAAGGCAUGGCUGCUAAAGAUGGCCGUGGUCCUAGCAUUUGGGACACCUUCAUCAAAGAACCCGGAAGGGAACCCAAUAAUGCUUCCGGGGACGUGACUGUGGACCAGUACCACAAAUACAAGCAAGAUAUUGAUCUAAUGGCGAAGUUGAAUUUCGAUGCCUACCGCUUCUCAAUCUCGUGGUCACGGAUUUUCCCAAAUGGUUCUGGGAAAGUAAAUCAGAAGGGAGUUGAUUACUACAAUAGACUCAUCGAUUACAUGCUUUCAAAAGGCAUCACCCCAUAUGCCAAUCUUAAUCACUAUGAUCUUCCUCAAGCACUUCAGGACAGAUACAAUGGCUGGUUGAGCCAUAAAGUUGUGAAAGAUUUUGCAGAUUAUGCAGAGUUUUGUUUCAAGACAUUUGGUGACAGAGUGAAGAACUGGUUUACAUUUAAUGAGCCUAGAGUCAUAGCUGCUCUUGGAUAUGACAAUGGAUUCUUCGCCCCGGGAAGGUGUUCCAAAGCAUUUGGCAACUGCACAGAAGGAAACUCUGCUACAGAGCCUUACAUAGUUGCACACAAUCUUAUAUUGUGUCAUGCAUCCGCGGCACAGAGAUACCGCGAGAAGUAUCAGGAAAAGCAGAAGGGAAAGAUAGGUAUCCUUCUAGAUUUUGUGUGGUAUGAGCCUCUUAAUGAAACUUCGACAGAUGACAUUGCCGCGGCGCAGAGAGCAAGAGACUUCCAUAUUGGAUGGUUUUUGCAUCCCCUUGUAUAUGGUGAAUACCCGAAAAAUUUACAGAACAUUGUUGCCGAUCGCUUGCCCAAGUUCUCUGCAGAAGAGGUUAAGAUGGUUAAAGGCUCUUUUGAUUAUGUGGGAAUAAAUCAGUAUACUGCUUACUACAUGUAUGAUCCACACCAAGGAAAGCCUAAGGAUCUCGGGUAUCAGCAGGACUGGAACGUUGGUUUUGCUUAUGACCGCAAUGGAGUGCCAAUUGGCCCAAGGGCAUUCUCCUACUGGCUCUAUGAUGUUCCGUGGGGUCUACACAAAGCUAUUAUGUACGUUAAGGAGAACUAUAAGAGUCCUACAAUAAUUUUGGCAGAAAAUGGAAGGGAUGAUCCAGGAAAUAUCACGCUUCACGAAGGCUUGCGCGAUACAUCACGAAUCAGUUAUUACAAGGGCUACUUGGCUGAACUGAGAAAGACUAUUGAUGAUGGAGCAAAUGUGAUAGGUUACUUCGCUUGGUCAUUACUAGACAACUUUGAGUGGAGGUUGGGUUAUACUUCGCGUUUCGGCCUAGUUUAUGUGGACUUCAAGACUCUGAAGAGAUACCCCAAGAUGUCAGCCUACUGGUUCAAGAGAUUACUGGACCGAAACCACUAG